CAUAAAUAUGAUAUAUACAUACAUAUAUAUAUAUAUGUAUGUAUGUAUGUAUGUAUGUUUAUAUUUCUUACAUGAAUAUCACAUAUGAAAAUCAAAAUAUAAAAUGAUAAUCAACGUUAUCGCCGAAAUUGUCGACCUUCUCUACCUCUGUGCAUUCUAAAUGUGUGUGUUUGACAUUGCAUAAAUAAUCACCACGCAGGACAUGAAUAUGUUCGUUUCCAUGCUCAGUUCUUAUAUUAGAACAUGAAUUUUAAAAAAUAAAAUAAAAAACGUAUAUAGCGUGCUGUCUUUUCUGCGCAUGCGCGUACAGUUCUCCUUAAAUAUAAUAUCCACCCUGUUUUUAUUUCUCUCAUCAGUAUUCUCGUCACCACAGCAGCAGCAAGACGGUUUGGGCUGCAAGAGGCUUUAGGAGGCUUUAGGAGGCUCUAGGAGGCUUUAGGACCUGCGAGUGAAGUCAUGAUGGAUCAGAGACCGUGGGCUCUGAUCAUACUGUUCCUGUUGACGGCGACCAGCGUGAAGCUGCUGUCAGCCCAGGAGGUGGAAGAGCAAGAAAAUUACGUUUCCGACAUCUUGUCCAAAAUUUACAAUACUCUGAUCAGAAAUGGCGAGUUCGAGCUUCUGGGUCACUACUGUUCCUAUUCCACGCGCCCGUACUUUAUCCGAUGGCAGCUGAAGUUCAAAACUAAAAUCUGGUGCCCGGGAUGGACGCUUGUCUACGGCACCGCCAGGGAUAAAGCUAGUGUGUCCAACAGCCUGCAAGACGCCAUCGUCAACUUCGUCCAGAAAGCUCACCAAGAAGGUGUCAUAAACGAGGAGGAUGCCAAGCCGUGGUUGCAGAAAAAGCAAUGACCGGUCCCAAUGACGUCCUUGUUGCAUAGGAUCAUGCAUUCACAGGGAAUUAGAAUCGGAAGAAAAGUCUGUCUGUAUACAUUGGAAUAAAACAUUUUAUCUUCGUAUAUGAGAAUAAAGUAGUCUCUCAUUUGUAUUAAAUAAAACAGUUUUCCUGAG